AUAUGUUGGCCUUCAUUCUAUCUUAACUCUUGCAAGAGAGGAAGAGACCAGAGAUGGAGUUCUGGUACAAAGUUUGCUGUUGCUGCUGCCAUAGAGAAGAGGAACUGGAGAAGAAUCCGCUGGUCGUUGGCGACACCCUUCAGUAUUUCAACAAGCUGCAGAAACGCCGGCGCUCCGAGGCCAUCAACUUGUGGAGCGAGCCUGCCGACAGCACCCACAUGGAGCGGGACGAUGACCACGAACUCUACAUGCUGCUGCAGAAGAGGUCCAAAAUGCGCCGGGGGUCAGAGGGCUACCGACGUGUGAGCGUUGAUAUCAGCGCCCAUCGGCAGAUCCGUCGGAAGGUGAAGGACCGCUGGAAGCAAGUCCUGGAAGCUUUAGGAUUCAAAGCUGAAGCAGACGGGCUUCUGGCGAUCACCUCCAGCACCUCGUAUGAAUCCCUUCGUAACCCCCAAGAUGCCCGCAGGCUCCUCAAUGCCUUGGCUGAGCGGACGACUAUUUUCGAUCGUCACCGAGGAGGCCCACCAGAGAGAUAUCUCUUUAUCCUGGACCGGCUUCUCCUCCUCGAUGUGGGGGAAGACUUCCUGUCAGCUGCUAGGACCGCCUCCUCCUCCUCGAUCGCUGGAUUCUCCCAGGUCUUGCUGCACAUCAAGAUCCACUUUGAUUUUGCCACGAGCGAAAAAUUCAAUGGCUCCUCAGAGCUGGCAGAAGACGCUUUGGUGCCUGAGGUGACCCGCGACUGCGGGGCAACUGGAGAAGAUCAGGCAGGGAACACAGGCAUUUAA